CAUGCGUGGAUUUAUUGAUGGAAGCUGGGAGAAGACAAGCUAGCGACACUACCUUGUUUACAUCGCGAUGUGCUUCGUAUGCAGAACAUUGCGCCAUAACGUUUCUGAAGAUCAAUAGCUGUUGGUCGACAUUUCCAGCUGGGUUUCUUGAUCGACAGAGGGUGGGGCUAUUCUUGGACUUCGUUGUGAAAGGACAUUGAUUUGUCCCAGCCAUGACUGGUGGAUUCUCUAAGGUCUACGAGCAGUGGCUGAAAAACUCCAACCAUGAUGAUGAUGAUGCCAAUGAUGGAGACAUGGACGAAGAAACCCCUUACGAAGACCCAGAGGGCAUAGCGGACUUGAUGGACAGCGAUACGACGGAGGAUGAGGAUGGAGGCAGUUUGAUGAACCGAUCUCCUUUUUACGAACGGCAAUGGACAGAUAAAUCUGCUGAGCUUAUUUCCGAUUCCGCACCGAUUCUUUUAGAUGAUGAUGAUGAGAUUUUUCCCAGUGAGAAGCAACAGUUUGAGGAAGAACCUCCGAUUCUAGAACCUGUGUCUGCACCGACACACGACUCUAAAAGUUCUCAGUCCCAACAUUCUUUGGUGAGCCCCCCACGGUCUGUGGUGAGAAAUUACAGUCGAGAGAGCAUGGUUCGAUCGUCUGAGAAAAAGACGAUGAAGACAUACAGUCGGAAAAGCAGAGUGGAGGAGAAUGCUCAAAGUCUCAAUGACUGUCUGAAGAAGUCGAAGGAAAGCGGCAAUAUUUUUGACAAGUUUUCUCCUUUCCCUGCGGGUGUUGAGGAUGUCCCGCCUCCUCUAAUACCCAGUCCCGAGGCCUUGCGUCUGCAUUCUGAGUCUCCCACUGGAGUGGACCAGCCUGCCACUACCUCGGACAGGGAACACCCGGGAUGCAGUCCAGACUUUUGCGCCAUGGAAGCAGACUCGACUUCUGAAAUUUCAGGCGACUCUGUGACGUCGUGCAAUGUCCGUAAUAAAAACCCAGUGGCGGGUGAUGUGGUCGUGGAAUGUGACAGUACGUGUAUGCUUGGUGGCUCCCCGGCCAUCGUUUCUCCGUCUUCAGUGUUGAACGGUGAGUCUGAGGUCCGUGAUCAGGGCGGUGGUAGCGGCGUGGAGGCGGAUGCUGGUUCUCCAGCGGAGCAGGCUCGGGGCACUACCUUCGUCACAGAGCUUGUCCGACCAGAUCCUGUCGCUGCUUCUCUGGAGACAAAUGAGAGUUGGUGUGAGCAGGAUGCGUCAAGAGAUGGUUCCCUCCCAUCCCUUGACCACCCGCCUUGUUCAGGGGUCAGUGACGCUUCUUUUGUGCCGGCCUCCCCUGUUGUUUCUGUGUCACCCCCUGCCCCGCCCACCUCUGGUUCUCCUUGUUUACAAGUGAGUGUUGAGACACCGAUGCAAGAUGAACCUCCAGUCCUCAGUGCUAUCCCCGCACCUAUCACCUCGCACUCAAGAACGUCAACAAAGCGCCAUACCAUCGACAGUCCGUACACAUACUCUUCAUCCGGCAAACGGCCUCAUACGUUUCCGUCUCCUAAAGUAGAGGAUGAGGCUCCAGAUCUCGAAUGCUCAGCUCCUCCUCUUCUCCCCCUCAUGUCAGAAACAGUCAUCACUCUUACCUCACCCGACGGACAAUCUAAGAGCUCGUCCCACAAGUCAUCAAAACAAAGCUCGCUGUCCUCAAGACGGGGCCGGGAACAGCGUCGUGCUAAGAGACAUCGUCACCGUCGCAUUACCGUGCCCUCUGAGGAUCUGACGUCGGAUGUGAGUCACCUUCCCGAGGAGCUUCAGCAGUUUGUGCUGUCCACGCGGCAGCUUUCUGCCAUGCAGAGCACACUACACACUUUGGUUCUCACUCUUUUCCCACAGCUGAAGGCUGAGGUCAGCUCUAUGAGCCCAGAGUCUCUCAGGUUUGAGCUCUUUGUCAAAGACAUGGUUGAGUCCUUGCAGCAGGGGGAUGAUCAAAAGUCAGAGGAACACCCACCGCUCACUCUGACAAUCAAAUGUGAAAAGGACGUCGGGAGUUACGUGGACCAAAUGGCGGGUAAGGCAGCACAAUCGUCUGAUGCAUCGAGAAACCACAGUAGUAGCAACUCAUCACCUCAGUGUUUUGUUUCCAACCAUUCUCAACGGGACGAGCCCGCCCUGUCAUCACAUUUGUCCACUCGCAGUCGGCGGCCAACAAGACAGUGCACAAUCAGAGAGGACCCUUUCACCUCGGAAGUGAUCCCGCAGUUUUCCCAGCUGGAUUUGAAGAGUGAGGAGGAAGGCGGGGGUUUGUUGACUCUUAAGCCCGUGAGAGUGUGUGUGCAGAGGACGUCUAGUGAGCAUUUGCACAAAUUUUGCUGUUUGUGUUGUGACUUGUUACAGCUUUUACUGCCAGAGCUGCCCGUCAGCUUGUGCAAUGAGCUCUCGAACAGCCCCUCAGAUCUGCUCACUUUUAUUGAAAACGUUGUGGCCUCUAAUCAAAGGGAGAGGAGAAAACAUUUGCUGUGAUUGUGAAGAUUUUGGUCUCCUUUUCCCUCCCGGGACAUUCCUUCGAUGCAGGAAUAUGUUGUUUUGUGCUCACAGGAUGUAGCAGUGCUGGUAUCUCAACCCCACCAGUGGCUCUCCAAGUUAGGUUUCCCUCUCUGUUGAUGCAUAUCUCUUGAGCGUGAACAUUUGAGUAGUUGAAAAAUGCCUGUUGGAUUUGUUUGAAAUUUUCACUGACUGCAUGCUGCUAGAUGCUAAAGGACAAUGCAGUUGAGUGCUAAGAUAAUAUUUUUGAGUAACUGUCAAAAAUACUGCAAAUAGCAGUACAAAGUAUAAACAAAGACAGAGUACUUCACGCAUUGCCAACUUUAUGUGCCAUUUCGCUGCACAGCAUUUAUAUUAUCAGCAAAGAUGUGUAUUCAGUCAAAUUGAAGUAUGAUAGUAUCUUUGGGGUCAUUGAUUUUUGUAGGCCACCAGUUGUUUGUUUGACCCAGUGGUUGAUACAUAUUGAGUAAUCGAAUGAAAAUUACAGAUACCCAAGUCAAUUUUCUUGCAAUCAGCGUUACUAAAAAAAUUAUCAUCUUAAACUGUAGAUGUUAUAUUUUUCACAAGAUAUUUUUCUUCGGGACAUUUGUAUUUAGUUUUAUGACUGAAAAUAAUGGUCAGUUGUGAGUGCGACUGCUUGUUUUGGAGGUGUUCAGUGAGUUUGUUUGCUGAGGGAUAUUCUUCUCACCCUAAUGACUGUGAUCAUUUAUGGUUCUUUCCCCUGUACAUGUGUUCAAUUGUAUGAUGCUGUCUCUCUCUCUCUAUCUCUCUCUCUCUCUCUCUCUCUCUCUCUCUCUCUCUCUCUCUCUUUUAUCCUUUGUUCCGUGACAUUUAUAACGAAUGUGUACUUCUGAGUGGAUGUUUUGUUUGUGUGUUUACAAACCCUAUACCAGAGUUCAUGUCACUGAAUGAGAGCUUUUUGGCAUAAAAGAUAUCAUGAGGUAUCAUGGACAUGUGUACAUAAAAGCUUGCACUCUAUGUGUACGUCUCAGGGUAGUGACGUAGUGCAGCAUUUUGUCCUGUCAAGGUCAUUUAGUCAUAGAAUUAAGUUGCAUAAUUUAUACACAUUAUAAAUUACCCCCAAAUUGCUAUUUCCCUGUAUUUUUUAAAAUCUACAUUCAUGUAAUUGAUUUUCUCUUAUUGUGGUUUGGGUCAUUCCGUAAAAAAAUUAGAUUGCAGUGACACACUUAAUGCGGAGAUGAACUGCUGUCAAAAACGCAGCCACUUGAUGGAACCGUUCUUUUUUAAAUUUCAUUUCCUCUUACAAAAAAAAAAAAAAAAAAAGAACGGCUCUAGUGUAUCUGUAAUUUAUUUCAGCAGGUCUGUCUUGUCGUUGUUUGUGUCUGUGCAGUUUAAUUUUUUUAUGGAAUGGCGCUUUUAUAAUUACCUUGGUAAUAUUUUACAUUAUAUAUCAGAAAAUAUUCUCAGACUGAAAACUCUCAUAUCGACAGGUCGAGAUGUUUGUAGGAAAAAUAUCACGCUUCCAUCUCUUACUCUUGGGUUUAAUGGUAAGAAUGUCUCAAGAAGACUUGUUGCUCGGCUUGUUUUAAUUUUUUUAAAAUCUUAGUAUUAUUUGAGGCGGUAGAUUUUUGUUUGUAAAGUGACAAUAAAACAUAGGGAGUAGUAAUAGUAUGCACUCCUAAAAGUAGUACCUCUGGAAGUUGUGUAGCCUUUGACUUUGAUGCUGCAUCAGAAGUGUAUUUUUUUUCAGCGAAGAAGACGUACUGAAUUGAUACUUCUUAUUGUCCUUGUGCAAUGUGGAAACAACAGAAUAAUCAAAAUUAUUUGAAUUAAAAUCCAAAAACUUGAAAAAAAAUUAAAGAUAGUGCAGCCUCUCUAUAACGCCAUCAUUGGGAUCAGAAAAAGAUGUCGUUAUAGAGAGUUGUCAUUAUAGAGAGGCAACCAAAAAU